AUGGCACGCCCAAGAUCCCUUUGGAGAGGAAGGGGGGUCCCCGGUUAUUCGUGGCCGGUGGCCGUGGCCCUGUGGUUCGCCGUGGCUCGGGUGUCAGGCGGUGACGAGGGAGCCCCCCGAAAUCUGAAGUGUUUCAAGGCUUGCAAGACUUCCCGGUGUCUCCCCCAGUGCAGCUGGGAGGCCGGGAGCCAGUCGGGAGCCAGCUACACCCUGCAUUUUUGGUACCCUGACCAAGAGCCUGGCAAAAGGCACACCACUGUUGAGACCGGGAAUGCCACCUCCCUGCUUUUGAAUCGGACCCACGUCUACACCGAGUUGAAUGUCACCGUCUGGGUGGAGAGCCAGGUUGGCAAAGACAUUCCUCCUCUGCGGUCGAACAACCUGACCCUGGUGAUCAACCAAGCCGUCAGACUCGAAGCACCCAAAGACAUUGAGUUUUCAAGGUCAAGAGGCCACAUGACCCUAACGUGGUCCGAACUCCACAACUGCUGCGGUUCCUCCCGGGAGAAUCAGGUCAGGAUGCGGCCAGCAGCACAUGUCAACUGGACUACAGGGAACUGCGAAACUCGGGGGGAGCACACAGCCAGGGGGACCAUCACAGUUAGGUGCCCCGUGGAAGGGAACGAUCCGUACGAUGUGCAAGUCCGAUAUCGGACCUCCAGCCGGUAUAGCGAGUGGAGCGAGUGGAGCCAGCCUGCCUUCGUUCCGGCCGAAAUCCUCAGGAGCCCAGAACUCCAUUGCAGCGCAGAGCCCCUCGGGGAAGACGGCCAGAGGAGGGUGACCUUGGAAUGGGAGGAGCCCAGCCGGGAGCAAGGGGAGGUGAGCUACAACUUGACGUUUGCCCUGCUUCCCUGCCUCUGCUUGGACGAAGCGAAGACUGAAUUGGUCGGGAACAGGACUUCUUUCCAAGCCUUUCUGUCGGGGGCCGAGUACAACAUCUCCCUGCAAGCCGGCAACAGGGUCAGCCGUCCCCCGGUCUCCUUUUGCAGGCUCCCGGCGGAGCAAGAGGCAGUAGGUCCCACCUUCCAGGAGGUCAUCCAAUCUGGCAGGGGCUUCUCAGUGACGUGGGGGACAAAGCAUGAGGUCAUCUGCCUCGAAAAGGACCCGGGAAUGUCCUGCGAGGACAAAGACAUGCAAGAGCUCAAUGAGACCAGCUGGUCAGGGGUCCUGGAGCCCGACAUCUGCACCCGCCUGGCUGUCCACAGGUGGGACCCGGAGAAGGACACCUGGUGGACUCUUGGCCUCGCCCGCCUCUUCCACAGGAGAGUGUCUUCCGGAUACCCUGUGCGCCUGGAUGUCACCCCAACGCCCACCUCCGCCGACAUCUCCUGGGACCCCCCUGCCCUCCUCGCCGGCUGCCCCGGAGCACUCCAGAAAUACGUCCUCUGCUGGCUUGACGAGCGAGGCGAGGAGAUUGCCACUUACGAGCUCAACGCUUCCGAGACCCGCUUUACCAUCUCAGACCUGCAGCCCAACACCACUUACAGGGUCGGAGUCGGGGUUUUGACCGCCGGGAGCGAGGGCCGCUGCCGAGACUUCAUCCCCGUUCGAACCCGCCCCGCAGAUUCCAAGAAGACGACUCUGACGCUCAGCUUCCUCCUCCUGGGUCUCGUCGGAGGGGUCCUCAUUGCCGCCAGCGCUGUCCACAUUUGCAAAAAGAGGGUGAAGGAAGUUCUGUGCCCCCCCUUGCCAGACCCGGCCGACACGGAAGCUGUUAAGAUCCUCGCCAGAUCGGAGCUGGGGCAGGUGGACCCACGGCAGGGCUUCAUGCAGCCCCUGGAGCCCAGCAGCCCCACGGAACCCCUCACCCUCGAACCCAGGUCUCCGUGCAAAGAGGACCCGGCCGCCGGCACUGCAGCGGACUUUCCGGCCCUCGCCAACCCCGCCGAAGAGACCCUCUUGCCCAAGGAGGACCAGCCGGGCUCGGGCGACCUCCUGCCCUCUGAGUACAAGGGCCAGGGGUUCCUGAGCCCCAUGGAGGAUGACCGGCAAGGGAGGGCGACCGGACGUCUCCAAUGA